CGUAAAUUGGAUCAGUACUUUUGUAUUUAUAUAAAACUAGCGGUACCCAUGACUUCGACCGCGUGGAAUAGUGACUUUCGGCGGCAUCUUUAAUUUUUAGGGUUCUGUGCACAAAGGGUAAAACGACAAACUUAUCACUUUGACUUUGCUGUCUGUCUGUCACCAGGCUGUCACAUGAACCGUGAAAAUUAGAUAGUUCAAUUUUUCACAGAUGAUGCCGUUCUGUUGCCGUUAAAACAACACAUGUAUAAAAAAAUCAAAAUAAAUAUUUAAGCGGGUUCUUAUACCACAAACAUGAUUUUUUGUUCGUUUUCGGUACGGAACCCUCUGUGCACGAGUUGACUCGCACUUGGCUGGUUUUUAGGCUAAUUAUUUUGCAAAUAAAACACAUUCACGAAAAAGCUAUUGAUAGUCAUUUAAGCUCAAACAAUAAAUUAAUGUUCAACUACUUUAGUAAACCUAAAUAAUCAAAAUCAUUAUUUGACAACUUUCACUUCCAUUUUCAUACCUUUGUGUUUUUUUUGGGAUAAGAUUUAAAAUAGACACAUGCGGCCGCGGAUUUUUUUAGAACUUUUAAAGAGGAUCAAUUACGUAAUACAUGAUUUUUGUGUAACUUUCACCGUUUACGUAGCGCACGCAUGGAAAGUUUUAAAAAAGUAAAGUAUUUUUCCGUUUUUGUAACAUUUUUCUUUGCUACUCCACUCCUAAAGUCACAGCGUGAUGUUAUAUAACCUGUAGCCAUCCUUGAUAAGUGGACUAUAUAACACAAAAACAAUAAUUCAAUUCGUUUUAGUAGUUCCGGAGAUUUUAGGGUUUAAUCAAACAAACAAACUCUAAAGCUUUAUUAUUAGUAUUGAUAACGAGAAGGAGUAUAUCGUCUAACUAAAUAAAUGUUUGUCGUAGUCUCUGAAGAAAAUUAAAUUUAUUUAAUUUAUAGACGAACAUUUAUUUAAUUAUUUAAAUAUAUUUUAAAUACGCCAAUUUCAAAGAAAUCAUGAAAUAAUUCAUGAAAAUUGAUAAGGCGGUUAUCAAAUAAAAAAAACUGUAGCUAUAGCCGAUGAAACCUCGCCCAAAAUCAAAUGAAGAUUCUUGAACUUAUUAACUGCCUCUGUAGUAUUUAAGAACCAUCUAUGAUUUUUCAAAGUCGGUUUAUACUUUUUGCCAAGUUAUCAUUGGAUUAAAUCAAUGAAUUAUGUCAUCUUAUAGAGAGCUUCUCUUGGAGAACUGUCGCACUUAUAUGGAGCGCACCCACAGCGGUACAAGAGCACUUACCACUGAACUGAAAUAUCUCAACCUUGACCUGAGCUCGUACCAACAUCUACCUGAAGAGGAAGAUGAUGAAAAUGAUGUCUAUUAUGGCAUAGAGAAAGGUAAGAUUUAUUAUUGUCAUUAAAUAUAUUCAAUAGUAUACAAGUCAAACAGAGACGUAAUUAGGUUUACAGAAAGAUAUUUGUGUAUGUUUGUAAUUGCCAAAAGAAAUGCGAAUAUUAAUAUAUAUUAUAAUGAGAAUAUUAAAAUAUAUAAUUUAUAAUUCUGAAAUUUGAUAUUAAAACUACUUAUUUUUUCCCAAACAUUAGGUUAUGAACAUCUCGUAGAGCUGCAAGAAGAACCGUUAUCACCAAAUGUUAUGUUUAACUAUGAACAGAUACAGACGGACAGUUUCACAGACACAGAAAUAGUCUCUACACCAGGAAGACGAAAGAAGAAAACGAAAAAGCUUGCGAUCUCCUCUGAUGAAGACUGUGAUCCACUGAGCGUUGUCGCCGAGACGAAGAAGAGUGAAAAGAAGAAAGAGAGACCACACAGCAAGGAAAGAAGUAAAGAGAAGGUUGCAACUAAAGAGAAGAAAGAACGAAAAAAGAAACCCAAAUCCACUGGGGAUUCAACUGAAAAUAAAGAGAGAAGCCGCGAUAGGCGGAAAGAGGAAAAUAAAGAAAAGAAAGAUAAGGAGAAGAAAGAAAAGAAACCUCGAAAGAAAAAAUCUAAAGAAUUUAAAGAUGCACCUAUGGCUGAAUGCAAACCUAGCUCUUUGACUAGUCUCAUUGGUAUGAAGGUGGCGAAUAUAAAAAUACCCGAGGCUAAGCAUAAGAAAAACUCUGAAACGAAAGUGCCGCCUUGCGUUACAGACAGCGAUUACGACAGUCAAGGCAAAUCUUCUUUGGCAUCGCUCAAUUCCGAGGAAACCGAAUCGAACGUUUUAUUCGAUGGCUUGUUUUCUAUGGACGAUUACAGAUCACCUGAAAAGUACGACCCGCUGUCAGAUCGGCGAAGUUCUUUAUCUAACAGCGAGAUUAGUUUUUCAAACGGCCAAGUAGCGAUCAAAACUAAUCAAACGUUACAAAAACCCGAUUUUGAUCAACUCAACUCGCAAAAUAUUAAAACUGAUCAAAAUUUAACAAACCAUAGUACGCCGAAGAAUGUUAAUACAGUUCACGAUGAAGUACGAAGACGAAUUGCAGGACUGUUAGAAUAUAGAAAACAAAGAAAUUUGUUGGCACAAGCGCAAAGAUUGUCUUCACCGUCUAGUCCAUGUCAUACGACGCCUACCAGAUCGCCGAAUGCUAUAAUGCAGCCAGUGUUUCCUGAACAAUCGAUAAUUAGCCCAAAAGCAGUUGAAGUUCCAGAAAUACCUAAAGUCUAUAUAAAUAAAAAACAAAUGGAUCAAAUUAAAGAGAUAAAGGAUGAGGUUGAUGUAUAUUUUAAAACAAAAUUUUCUAAACCCGUAAUCCAAUAUAUGAGGAAACAAAAUCAAUCUGAAAUUCCGCAGACCAUAUCCAACCAAUGUCUUAACCUACCAACAUGCCAUCAAAAUACUCCGAUUGCGGGAACAUCUCAACAGCAAAGUAAUUUUGCAGAAAUUCAUACCAACUCACCUUCACCAACGAAUAUAAUGCCCUACAAUCCUUGUACAAAUAAAAGUUUUAGUACAUUAUCUCAGAAAAGCUUACAAGACUUUCUUAAAGAAUUACAUGAAUCGACAAAUGCUGGAACUAAUCGGCGCAAUAAUAAAGCCAUUAAGAAGAAUACUAACAAAGAUGUGAAAUCAAAGAAAGAAUUAAAACCGAUAUCCAAAGUAUCUCCUGUAAUACCUAAUGUAAAUAGCAAGGUCGAGCCUACAUCUUCUCAUUGUGCCAAAACGAAUAACCAAGGAAAGAAAAUGGAAACACAGUUAAAUACAUUUGCGCGUCUUAGUUAUAUGCAUAAGAACAAACAACAGUAUACUGAGGCCAUACAAAACCAACAAGAGAUUUUGUUACGUCGGUCUAUAGAAGAGCAAAAACUAUCGAAACAGAAAUAUCUGCAAUAUAACAAAGAUAAUGUCAUCUUAUCUAGGAAUGGUAAUGUCUCGCAAAGUGCAUCUAACAACGACAGCUCAAACCUUAUGUUUCGUAAAGUCGAAAAUACUUCGGUAUCUCAAGAGCAUCCGCUUCUUUCGAAUCUACUUCACACAAACACAUCUAAUAUUAAAGUUACUCCACAACAGCCUGAAAGGAAGACUAACAGCGUUUUGAAACAAACUUCAUUAUCAGAGAAGGACCAAAAGGAUUUGUUACUUUUAUUACGACAGCAGAACAAAUUAAACACUCCAACAACAUCAACAAAAUCUGUUUCAAAUACAGAUCCUUGUAAGAUAGAUAAGAUUGUAAAUCAAUCACAAUGUCCAAAAAUACCCAAAGGAAAUAAUUUUAUAUAUAAUCCUGUUACGUCAGUAAGUGGCACUGUGAUAAAAAAUCCUAUAGAUGUCUGUCCUAAUAUGUAUAAAAAGAUCAAUCAAAGUAAUGAGGGGCUUAAAGUCAAGGCAGGAGCAGAUAUGCCACAAAAUAUGAUUAAAAUGAAAAUAGACUGUCAGGCUUCUAAAGUUAGUAAGACAGUUUCUUCUAAAAAAGUAAAUUUGGAGGAAAAAACGACUGUGAAUUGUUCGCCAAGUCGAAAUUUUGUCAACACAAAUAUCACCGAGAAACCCGCCCAAAUAAAUACUGGAACAGCAGGGCCUAUUUCAGAAGAUUGGCAAGAAGUUAUGAAUGCUAUCUUAUCCCAUAAAACACCAAGCAGAGGCCCCAACGCCUUAGAUAUGACAUUGAAAAAAGCUACUUAUUCAGAUAAAACUUUGCGUACUCAGCGAAUAGUGAAACCAAAUAUUGUAAAUGAAACUAUGAAGGAAUAUAAAAACUUGACUCAAAUAGCUAAACAGACUCCCGUAACUACAGAAUCAUCUAUUUUAAAAAUAAAUUCACAACCUCGUGUUAUGACAUAUGCACAGUCGUCAGUAUCACUCUCUACAAAUGUGAAUUCAUCACAAUUACAACCUGCUAAACCUACUACAGCUUUACUGAAAAGUCAACAUAUGCCUGAAGUAGAUAAAUUAAUGCAACAUAUUAAAAUUCCCGAGACGUCAAAGAAAUCAGUAAAAGAAACUAUUCAAAUUAAUACUUCACCGGCUACUUGUCAACAGCGUCAGCAAUCUUGUAAACAGGCAUCAAAACACCCUAGGAAACAAACUUAUCCUCAAGAUAUUCUACGUCAGCCUUGUGUUCAAGCACAGUUCAAAAGCAAGCACUUACCAAUACAUCAGGAUAUUGCGAAAAAACCAAUGGAAAAAUGUAAACGAGCACCAACAAAGAAAUCUGGUACAACAGACUUGAUUCCACAAAAAGAUCCAUUUAUAUCAGGAAUGUCGAAUUCAGACUAUGACCUGUUAGAAGAGUUAAUGGAUGACGAGCUACGUAAAGAAAUUGGAGAAUUGUCAUCUGAUGAGGAUUCAUAUUCAACAGUAACUAGUAGUAGUGUUAAAUCGACAAAAACUUUAAAUACCAAUAUAUGUACUAGUGUAAUUAAAAAUGUUUUACCUAAAAAAGGAAAUAAUCAUACCUCGCAAGAGUCAAAUGCGCCACAAUCUUGUCGAGGUAGUAUAAUAAUAAAUAGUAACAAAGCAAGUGUACAGUGCCAAAAUAAAUUGGUAACCUUAAAUGAAAUAGCAACACCAAUGUCAAAACAAUUAGAAAUUCCAACUAUACAACAGUUGCCUGAAGUUAAUAAAACUGUACCCGAUGGUACUGUUAAUAAACCUACAGUCAUACAUCAGCCUGUUAAUUCUAACGUACCCUGCAGUGGUAAUAUUGAACAGUGUUCUCAGCAGGUAAAUGCUAAUCAAAUAAACUUAGUGGAUUCAAGAAAUGUAAUCAUUACGGCGAUACCUCAAGCGUCCUUGCAAAAUGUAGUUCUCAUAGGAUCUGAAUUAGUUUAUGAUCCAUAUUCUAUUCAAUCUCAACUUCACUCUACUGGUGUCUGUACUGUUAAUCAAACACCAUACGUGACAUUCAAUAAUGCACCUAAUAUAGCUGUAUUUCAAACAACCCAAUUUGCGGCCCCCGUUGUGAACCCAAUAAUAAUCGGGAAUGCUAUGACUACACAAUCAUCCUCACACGAAACAUCUCUAGGUGAAUCAAUAAAUCAACAAAGUAUAAAAACAUCACAUAUUGAAUCUCAUGCAAUAUCAAAAAUGUGUAGAGAAAUUAUUCAAUUAGAUAACAUUAAUUCCAAUACCGAAAAAGACCCUACAAUCAAAGCAUGCGAUCUUCUCACAGAUUCAGAGAAUCAGAACUUAACACAGCCUGUUCAACCUAAUGUGAAUGAAGACAUAAUGAAAACGUUUAAUACUAAUUGUAAUAAUGAGAAGUGUAGUCAAAUCAAUAUAAAUAAAUUUGUUCUUGACAAUAAAAACGAGGUAUUGAUGAAACAAGAUGAAGUAAAUCCUAAGGAUAUCAAUUCUAAUGCAAUAAGAAAGGUUUUGAAAGAAGUUCAAGAAAAACAGAAGUCUGUGGAUACAUUAAUUUCUAAAUAUAAACCAAUAACAUCUAAUGAUAAAAAGGAAAGCUAUAGUGAAUUUGAUACAACUUGUAAUGAGUUAAAAGUAUUAAAAGAACCAAAGCAUUUUAUUAAAAAAAUGAGAAAUAUAGAGAACCCAAAGGAUAAGGAAAGAAUCAAAAAUAAACGGUUAGCGCUUUUGAGUAGACAAAUUAACACUAGAUCUAAUUAUCCCCCUAUUCCUUUGAACUACACGCCAUUAAAAUAUAACAGUAACGAAAGCGAGCAUACCAUCCAGUUAAAUAAAGUGGCUAAUUUAGCAAUACCUAAAGAAACAAAACGCCAUGACUUCAUUGUCAAUGAUAUUGACGAUCAGAAAAAAACUCUUAUAAGUGAAACACAAGGUAAGGACAGUAGGAUAGAUAAUAAAACUACGACAUUAACACGUAGUAUUUUAUUGAGAUCUAACGAUAUAGAGGGUUCUGAAUUUGAUAUUCCGAAGAUAGUUAUUAAGACAUCAAAAGUAAAGCUAAAAGAACAAACGUUAGAUCAAGAAAUCAAAAAGAAAAAACGUCAGAGAAAACAAUUGGAUGUCAAUGAUCAAGAUUCAAAGAUUAUUAAAUUACCAAAGAAGAUUCCUAAACUAAUAGGGAAAGCUCCGAAAGUUAAUGUUAUACCAUCAACUAAAAAGGUACCUAAAAUAAUUAUAAAAAUCGAAAAUAAAGCGAAGAAGAGGAAAACUAAAAAUUGUUCGACAUCAAGCAGAACUUUGGCUAAAAAGAGUGGGAAAAAAGAAAAAUCAAGUGAGAAAAAACCUCUAAAAACUCCAUCUAUGGAUACGAAUUUAAAUUUCAUUGACGUCGAGGAAACGUUAAUAGGCGCUAAAAUAAUAAAAGAAACGAUGCUGCCAAAUGCUGAUAAGAAUCAAUGUAAAGAUAUGGAAACGAAAAAAGAUCAGGCUCUUACCACCAUUGAUGUAAAGCCUGGGGAUUCUGUAAAGCGUAAUUUAAUAUGCAGUGAGUUUAAAGACAAAGAUUGUAAAAAUAAAAAACAAUCAAAUUGCACACCCAAUAUUUAUAAAGCACCUGUUGAAUCAGAGAUAAAAGCGUUAAAGACAGAUUCUAAUGAAGUUUCAAGCUUGUUAUUAAAAAUACCUCAAUUAGACUGUCAUUUAAAAAAGGCUUCAAAAUCUGUCAGCGAUAUUGAUAAUUCACUUCCGUCACAAAUGUCCAAUAAAUACAAUUUUGAAAGGAUUAGUUUACUGAAUGAUACUAUUCCCAAUGCAAAUAAAUCUGAGCCAUUGGUAUCGGGAUUUAAAUUUAUUGAGACUUCUGUAAUAAGAGAAAAUAAUACCGACAUCAUAAUAGCAAAGAAGCGUAACGAGAUUAAUGAUUAUAAUUUUAAAUCGCUUUCUAAGACGCAAGAUAAAAAUUUACAAAAUAAAACAUUUAGUAAUAACACUGUGAAUGAUAUUAAUUCUUCGAAAUCGGUUGUGACUGAUGAUGACCAGAAUGUACGACUACCUACUAAUAUAAUAAAACCGAAAAUAUCAGAUAAUAAUCAAGACAAAGAAAAAUUAAAAAACAAAAAUGAUAAGUGCAGUUUAGAUUAUUUAAAAAGUAAUAUCACCAUUGAAGAAAUGCCAUCUAACGAUGACAAUCCUGAGAAGAAAUGUGUGCGAAUUAAGUUAUCUAAUGGUAAAGUAUUUAAAGCCACCGUUUUUGGAAAAAUGCAUGUCAGUUUUGAAUCCCUAUUUUCUGAUCCUUCAAUAAAAAAUACUUUACUAUCAAAUAUUAAUCCGACUAGACGAUACACUUUAAAUAUCAAACAAGUAUCCACGGCGGAUGUGAGAGAUCCAUCCAAAAUUGUUGGCACUCGUAUAGAAGAAAUCAAAUUACAAUCCAAAUUGAAUGUUAUUGAAACUGUUGACUUAUUAAGCGACGAUGAAGAAGAUGACAUCGAUCAUAUUAAAACUGCUGAAGUUGAAUUCAAUGGAUGCAAAAUUGCACCAUUAAGCAAGCUACUGUUUGAUAAACAUGAGGAGAAACUAUCGCAAAAAUGUUUUGUAAAAUUGAUUCGCACUGAGAAUAUAGAAAGAAAAACAUAUGAUACCGAUGAUGAUUUAGAUGUGGAUGUAGUUUCAGAUAACAAGAGAGCCAUUGAUCAUUAUAAACCUGUACCAAAUAUUGACCAAUCUUCAGAUAAGAAGUUGUCGUUGGACAACGACAAAUCAGCAAGUAUGGAUUUUGUUUUACCUGAUAAAAAUGUUUUGCCCGAUAAAAAUAUUUUGCCUGAUAAAAAUAUUAUAACCACCACAAAUUCAGAUGUUAUCGAAAUUGAUGAUUCAUCUAACGAUAGCUUAAACUUGUUACAAGACUGUCAGAUUAUGUCGAAUCAAUUUAUACAGGAUGAAGAUGAUUCACCUCCUACGACACAUGAAAAUGGUUCAAAAGCAGAAGAAAAAAUUAACGAAUUAAAGAAUUUAUUAUUAAAGGAUCUUGGUGUUGUGGAGACAGAUAAUGAAAUUCUACCUUCUGCUGACAAUUCUUCUACUGAUGUUUCAAAAACUAUCCCAUUAAUGGAAUGCACUGUUGAACUAAAUAGAUGUGAUAAUUUAGUAAAAAAAUAUGAACAUAAGAAGAUUGUUAAUCAGCGAUGUACAGUUAAUCUUACGAGGUGUGAUGACAUGAUCGUGGCUAAUUAUGAUGAUAGUGAAAACAAUUUAUUAGGUUCUGAUGAAUUCAUUAAUGUGGACUCUGAAGUGGACCUCGCAGAUAGUGAAACAGCACACCUUUUGUCUCGAAGCGGUUCAUUUUCUCUGCUCAAUGAUUUUACAUUUUAUCCGGAAGAAAACGAAUCACCAAGAGAGAGAUAUGAUGACGAAAGGAGUUCACCCGUAAUAGAGGUUUUUGAAACUAUUGCAGCUUUUCGAAAUUAUUCUUACGAGGUGGAGAAAAUAUACGAUAGUGUCGUCCUGGCGGACGACAAGCCAUUGAUGUGUUCUAGCGAAUGGUGUAAGACAAAACGUGAUAUUCAUUAUGAAAGUAAAAUACUGAGAGAUAGAUGCAACGGAAUGGAAUUAUUCACCUCAAACAUUGAUACGUCUAUGGGGAACAGUAUACAAGACUCAUUCACCGUUAACGUUAUAACGUCAACACGUCCAAUUGUCAUAUCAGACAAAACUCCACUAUCAUGCUCUAGUGAAUGGUUGAAAACAAAGCGUAAAUAUAACUUUGACAGUAAAAUUCUGGAAAUGGAAUACAACAAAGCAUCCGAUAAUAAUUUGGGUUUUGAUGAUAGUGACACAUUAAGUGAUCCAAAUGCGACAUUUGUAAAGAAAGAGGUACCUUCCUUAAAAACAUUGACCGCCAAUAUAUUUCGAAAUAGCGAAAUGCUUGAUGAAUUCCUUAUUUAUGGCAAAUCAGGCGCACAUAAUAAUAAUAAAAUAAAUGAGAAAGCUUUGCAAAGUCCGUCUCACCAAUUGAAAAGAAAAUUGCCAUGUGUGGAUGUUAAAGCUUUUGCUAGUAAAAUAUUAAAAACAAUGUCAUACCAUCGAAAAUUAGAUGUUCAAAAUAAAUGGUCUCUCCAAGACUCUGAUUCAACUGAAGAGCUUCAAAAAGACGUUCCUAGUGAUGUAUGUAAGAUACAUAAAAAGAAAAACUGUGCUGAUUGUUCCAAUUUAGACUCUGACGACGUCGGAAAAUCACCGUGUUUGCAACAUUUACUUGACGUUGAACCUUGUACUGACUUGAUUCAUCACGUAAAUGAUGUUGAAUUUCAGAGUAAAAUAAAAGCAAACACGCCAGAACCAACUUUGUUAAGAGAUACAGAACUCGCUUCAUUUACUAGUGAAUUAUCCAUAGUGAUUGAUCAUAAAACUACCAAAGAGUUGACGGACAAUGUUUUUGUACCCGAUAACGUUGCACUAACAUUUAGUAAAACGAUUUUCGAUAGAAAUGCAAAUGAUGAACAAAGCAUAAAAACAGAACCCGAAAUAGAUAAAAGAUUCCAAAAAGAAAAUGUAAAUGAACAAAUUUUAUUUCCAGAAUACGUAUCUAAGUGCGCUCAGUCAUUGCUUAUAAUGUCUGAAGAUAUUGAUAUAAAGAAAACAAAUAACUGUGUUAUUGAUAGUGAAUUAAUAAAUGCAAACAAAGAUACUAAAGCUUUACUCCAAAACAAUAAAAUUAUAAACCUCGCAAAUAAAAGUAACACACAAGAUUUAAAUCAUAUAAAUAUUAAUACCGAUUCGUACAAUCUAAACAGACGCAGUGUAGAAAAAUCAUCUGUCGUUAAAGAUGUUUCACUUUCGGAGGAUUCAACGAAUGUUUGCAUGGAUAAAAAUCCAGUAAGGAUGAUUACUGCCUUACCAGUUUUUAGUUGUACCAUUGACGACGAGUCUCAAAGCGGAGCACCUAACAAUAUAUCUGCAAGAGACGACACGAUAACCAUAAAUUCGGAGGGAUCAAAAUCAGAUGAAGUUAAUGACCAUGAAGUGGGUAAAAUAAUUGCAGAGUGUGAAAACAAAACAAAUUGUUCAACUGAUAUUUGUUUACAAAGCAAGAAACUCCUGUAUUGUAGGGAAAAUAGCGUGAUAAAUGAGAACAUAUUAUCAAAUUCUGUAUUGACUGAAGUUGUAAAACAUGACGUCCCAAAAAUACCGAUUCAAACAGUUCACCGAGAACUCGGCUCCGAGACGAGAGUAGCAUGUGAAAAUAUUUUACAGAAUGAGGAAAUUGUUUUGUCUGAAAACAAUUGCGAUGCGACAGAUGAAAAUUUUAAAACAUCAAAAGUUUCUAAACUAUGUCAUGAAGAUACUAAAGAAGAUUUUUGUGCACAAGGUUGCAAUAAUCAACAGAAAGUUAGUGAAUCUUCACGAAAUAAAACCCCAGAAGAUUCAUUACUCAAAAGUUAUGGUUAUUGUGAUGAAAAUGUUAUUAAAUUAAAAAUAAAUAAUAGUGAAGUUAAUAUUAUAGGUAAUAAACAAACUGAAUUUGAUUUGAAUGAACAAAAGACAGUGAUUACGUCAUUGUCAAAGGACUCCGAUAAAGAAAGUUAUACAGAAAAACAAUAUAAUGAUAUUCAAGAUGAAUUAACGCAUAAUCUGACUUCCGUUGAAUUGAUAAAUCAUGGAUACGCAUACGUUAAUGAAACGCAUACAAAAGAAACGGAUUUAAAUAAUAAAGAAACUAAGAUUGAUGAAAAUGCAGUUAAAAGUUUAAAAGUCCGUUCCUUAAGUGACACACUCUCGGAAGAACUGAUCAAUUAUGAAGCUAAUAUAGAAGAUCUAGAAUCAUUUAGAGAAAGUUUUGGAAAUCCAAAAAAACACGUUACUUUAGUUUACAAAGAUAAAAAAGAUUUGGUUUUAUCAGGAAUCGAAUAUGAAGACCCAGUAGUAGGGACAUGCUAUGUAUUUCCUUUAGUUGAUGAAAGUGAUGAAGUAGAAGAAGUAGUGCGAGUUAUACAAGAAAUUGACGACGAUGAUACCAUUAAACAUAUCGAUGAUAGUGAUUUACUCGAAGAAGAUUUAAAAGUAAAGAUUCCCAAAAAUACCUACUCAAGACUUACAGCCAGAUGUAUAAAUCUUAAAAAAAUAAAAUCAAAUAUUUUAAAACGAAAAUUAGACAUGACGGAUAUGACUUAUUUAGGAAAAAGGUAUAGACGAGGAAAACAAAUAGAUUGUAAUCAAAGAAAUUCUCCAGCAAGCUCUGCUUAUAGCAAAGAGUAUAAACGAAUUUUUGAUUACUGCACCUCCUUGAAGUUCUCCUUCUCACAACCAUUUCACAAAGAGUUUCUUGAUGUGGAAGGCUUAAUUCAAAAUUGGCCCAUUAAGGGUAUAUGUAGGACAUACGAUGAUGAUUCAGAAGAAAUUGUAUACAAUGAGAUGUUGUUUACGGAUGAUGAUAUUAUUGAAAAUAAUACCUCGCCAAAACCAACAGAUAUGUCGUUUUUGGACGAACUUAAUAAAAUAUACAGUGAACCUGGACCACUUUCUAAAACCGUUGAUGAAUCUAAUUUCAAUAUGGGUUUUGGUGAGGGGUCCGACAGAGUCAUUCAAAAUUUGGAAGAUGUAGGUGAAGUUUCAAAAUUUUCGGCUGCGACUCUGUCGGACGUAAAACAACCCCAGCCGUUUUUAUUGUCCGAAGACUAUGACGACUGUUAUCAAGAAAAGUCUACGAAUGACCAAAUUGAAAAAUUAAAGCAUUACAUCACGUACAUUCACUUGAGGGAUAAGGUACGAUCAUUCUUUAAAAAGACUUCUUUAGAACUGAGCAAUGACUUAAUAAGAAAAGAAAAAGACAAUGCUUUUAAUUGGAAAACAUCGAACAAUUAUACGAGUGAUUAUCCGUUUGAUCUAUACCUUACUGAUUUUAUAGAACCAUCACCGAUAGAGGCUGUAGUACAAGUUGUACAGGUGGGUCAGCUACCCGUCAGUGCUGCAGCGCAAAAUCCCGUUACUUGUGAUCCACGCGUAACUCAAGUGUCUGAUGCUAGCCCAUCUCAAUGUUCUGUUGAAAACAGCCCUCAAGACGAUUCACAAGUUGCCAUUAAAACUGAAUAUACAGAAUUAACGACAGCCGAUUUAACUCUGCCCUUAGUACAAGAAUAUGCGCAGCACAAUCAAAAUUUAGCAAACGAAUCUCAAAAUGUUUCCGAUUUAUCAAUAUCUAAUGAGAAUAUACCCAUUGAGACAGAAAUAAAAUCUGUAGUAAAAAUUGAGUUGGAGGAAAUAUCAGAAGUAAAAGAAGAAAAUAGAGAUAGUUUUGAAAAUAGUGAUUUUCAGUCAGUAGCAAACAAAAACGAUCAUACUGAAUAUUCAUUUCAAUCGAAUAAUACCGCGAGUACGGUAACCCGAGAGCCUGAAUCCGACUUUCAAAAUAUUUAUAACUCGCCUGAGAAACAAAAAGAUAGUGAUACAUAUCCUCAGCAUCAAAACCAACAAAAUGGGACAUCGGAGAAAACCGACCAAAUCGCACAUGCAAUGAAUGCCGCUGGUAUCACCACUACACCUGAAACCGUGACAAAUGCUAGAGCUCAUGCCUUGGUUAAUAUACUGUCUCAGAAACUACGCCAAGGAACCCUAGGGACGGCACAAUCUGCUGCUAAUACAUACCCUAAAACCACAGCUAUAAAUGCAAUGUCACUGCAACAAGCUUUAGCUCAGAUACUGCCUCCACCAUUAAAUCAAACAAAUAUUAAUGAAAACCAUCAACAGUCUUCUAAUUCUCAAGUUACGCCACAAGUGUUACAUAUAGUUCAAGGCAAAAAUGCCACCGGAAGUCAGAUUACGCUAGUAGAUAACUCUCAACAAUCUGUCAUUAGCAAUCCAGCCUCUACACCAGUUUUGCAUAUUGUUCAAAAUAAAGCCGGAACAACGGCGGCCAAUUCCAACGGCACAGCCACACCGCAAUCAAAUUCUUUCAGCAGCUUAUCGUUAGUUGACGCGGGUCUCCAGCAAGGAGGUAAUCAACUUCUCCAUAUAGUCAAUACAGGCAGCCAAAAAAAUAAUAACGCCCCUGGCCAGCUUUUAAAAAGAGUUAAUUUAUUGACAAAUAUAGCUAAUGUACAAGGUUCAAAUGAACAAAAAAUGGUACAGUUUGUAUGUAAGUCCGCCGACGGAAAGUCAAUCCAACUUAAUGCUCCUCAUCAACGUAGCAUGGUGUUAAGAUUACAACCUAUUGAGUCACCAAAUGUAACUGUCCAACCUCCUCCACCGAAAGCACCCGAAAAUCAAGAUGCUAGUCCAAAUUCUAACACGAAUGCAUUACCAACAAAAGAUAAUAACUCUCAGCAAGAAAUCAAAUCACGCUCAGUAUAUGAAGAGAACUAUGCGAAAUUCAUACAAAACUCUUCUAAUAAAUCAUCGAUAUCAGAGAAAUCUACGACUUUGCCUAAGUUUAAUCAAGCUUUUGGAAAACCAGUAUUUCAAGAUGGUAAUCAGAAAAGUGAAAUAAAUAGUAACAAUUCUCAUUUACAGCCCGUUAACAAUAGCAAUGACAAUAAUGAGUGUCAAUCGAAUGAUAACUCGAUAAAUUUGGAUCACAUUGGCCAAAUCAGCAGUCCACCUUUGCUUUUAAGAAAAUCACCUCAAACAUCUCAGUCACCUGCUAAUUUGGUACAACAACUUAAACAAACUAUUGCUCCUAUGAACAUACAGACUAUGCAUGGUGGAGUAAUAUAUACAAGACAAAUACCUGUUAAUAUAGGGGGAGGACAAACAAUAAACUUGAUAACGGUACCGAGUACUGAGCUGAUUGAUGAUUCUGCUCCUAAGCAACAAUCUGGCAGCCAAAAUGAAUUAGAACAAUCAAUAAUUAAAAUAGUGCCUCAAAGUCAAAACUCCACUAACGAGCUGCCUUCAGAAGAGGCUAAUGUACCUAUAAGUGCUUCAAAUGAAAAUACACAGAACUCACAACCGCAACCAGUACUGACUCAAAUGCGAAUUAAAUUGCCAAUGUUAAGUAAAGCACCUCAAAUGGUUUCAGGAGCAAGAGUUGUCAGGCCAUCAUUUUUCCAGAUACAAAGAAAUGUGAUAGGCGGUGCUAAUCAACCGGUUUACCAACAACUAGUCUUAACCGCUGCGCCACCACUUGGUCAACAGACUAUACGCCUUCCACAGUCACAAACAAGCAGACAAAUUAAAGUUCCUACCGAAAAUCAGUCAUCAGCGGAAUCGCAAAUGAGUUCUUCUACUUUAGAACAAUUACGGGAGUUUGAUAUGGUCCUAGAACAAGUUAAGGAAAGAAGCACUGUGCAGCCUAAUUCCAGCGCUAAUACUACAUUUCCAAAAUUACAUACACCAUCUACAGAUACCACUGAUAGUAGCGUAUCAUCCAACUCUACGACAACUGAAAAUACGCAACAAGUUCUUUAUUCAAUUGGUAAUAAUCAGCCGCUGAACGUAGCUUAUGUAAAUAGGAAAGCUACAGUUACUACGCCCACAAGCACGGCGUUUGCAAGAUCACCAGAUUCAACAGGUAUUGUAGAUUCUCCAAAUUCAUCCAAUCAUGUUCAAAUUCCCCAUACUGCAACAUCAGACACUACCCAAAAUGAACCGUCUACUCAGCCGAAGCCAACUAAAGUUAGUUCUAAAUCAAAAUCUAGGCCUAAAGCAUCUUCGAACCCUCCAAAUAAUUUGAAAUUGAAUACUGUGCCUCCAAAAACUUCUGCUCAAAAGCCAUUGGAGGAUGAACAAACUACACAAAGAAUAUUAUAUAUCUUGGCUGAAUAUAAGGAACAGGUUGAAAAUUCUCCAGACAAAGAUAAACCAGCGCCACGCAGAAGAUCGAACCCUCCAUCAAACCCAGGUUCUUCAAAGCGCAAGAAAAGUUCUAGUGGUUCACGUCGACAUGGAGUACGAGAACUUAGUCCUGUGCAUGGUGAAGAUACAUGUAGAACUAUGGGAUCAGAAGACAGCAGCUGUGGAACUUCACAAGGCGACUGCAACGAAAGUUGCUUGGAAAGUCAUUCACCUCAAGAUAGUCCGCGAAAAGUGGUCCGAAAACUUACAUUCGAACAAGAAACUCCGACGCCCCAACCUCGUCCACAACCACAACGUAACGUCAUAGUGGCCGAUGGACAGACGAUCGCCGUAGCCAGGGGUACCGCUGGGAAACCGGCAACAGCGGUUUUGAUGCCAGCUAAUUACAUUCUACCAGUCUCUAUGGUGAAAGGGGGCCAACAGAUCGCUAUUGUGACUAACCGUGGUCCUAAAUUGUUGACUGUCGGAGGAGGUGAAGGAGGUGCGACGAAUGCCUUGUUGUUGCAACGUUUGAUAGGACCGGCUGGUUUAAAGCCAGUUCUCGCUCGCCCGGGAGUACGUCACGUGAGAUUGCCAACCGCAGCACUCCAUAAUCUUCAGGCUUUUAACUUGGCUACUGCCACAACUAUUCAACCACCUGAUAGUACCGCCUCCCCAGCCCCGGCGCCUACUCCACCAGAACUUGUAGAUACUAGAGCGACAAGCUCACCUUGGACCGAAAGGGAUAUGCAAGAUGUUAAACCUGAACGGGCGUCGAGUCCCGAGGGUUCCGAGCCAUGGAAUCUCCCAUCGUCUGGCGAUGCUCACGACUACUCCUAUGAAGAGACUGUGCGAACCGACAAUUUGGACAGAACUGUACUUGUCGUACAGAAGAAGGAUGGGUCGUCGCACCGCCAGCACAGACUGACACACGUCUCUGCUGCAGCUUUGAGACAUAAAUAUGCCAUCUUAGAACACGAACUAAGAUUACAGGUAAUAUGACACCGCUUUUUACUAUCAUAAUAAAUAAAUUACUUCAGCAAUAAAAACUAGAUCAUACUGACGGUAAAUUUAUUUACAAAUAAUAUUGUCAAUUUUUUUAAAAUACUUUAAAAUGAAAGUAUACGGGUAUGUGUCAAUAUAGGUAAUUUUUUUCGCAAAUUGUACAAGAUAAUAUGAGAAAUUUAUAACUGUUAUAUUUUAAUUCGGCACCAAACUUUAAUUUCCGCCAUAUUAUGACGUCAAUCCAUUGUAUACUUAUUUUAACAGCAAUAUAGCGAUCAUGAGGUAUAAUAGAAACAAAUAUUAAUAAACAUGUUUUAAAUUAUAAUUUACAACCUUUAAGACUUUCAGGAGUCCACAAUUCAAUUUCUUAUAAUUGUAAAUAUGUUAUGAUGACAAUGAUAGCUGAUACAUAGGCAUUAUGUUACACGCACGUUAGAUUUUCUUGGCAAAAUAUAUGUAAUCUAAAACUAAUUAUUAAAAAUUACUAAUUCAUAAGUAAAAAAUAAUGAAUAUCUUGUACAUAACUUUCAUAUGUUAUAUUCAUCACUUAUACAUAACUUGGGCUUUUAUAGUUAUUAAUUUGUCUUUAGAAAUCCUUAUCUGAGGAGUGCGAAGAUCUCGGCGUGGAUUCCCCAUCGGCAUCGGAGUUAUUUCCCGAGGCUGAGCUGCUCUUUGCUGCGUCGCCCGCUCAUGAUCACACCCAAGAGCAAGGUCAUCAUUCUCAUACACGUAAGAUUGUUUUGAGUUUGUAAAAUUAUAUCUCUCGAAGCUUAGAAAAAAAUCUUACCGCAGAAUGUUUGGUGAACUCUCAAGUUUAAGAUAUUUAGUGAAAGAAACAUUGGUAUUGCAUAGCUUUUCUAGUUCUGUAUACUAAUAGGGAUGACGACUGUCAGAUAAUAGAAAAAUAUUUGAUACGUUUUUAUUUUUGCUUCAAUUUAAACAAGAAACGUCUUAGAUAAUUUGUAGAAAAUGUACAAAGUUACGUCAUGCGACAUUUCAACUCAAUAUUAUUUAUUGAUUACGCAAAAAAUAAGAAAAUACGUAUUUAAUAUUUCUCAACAAUCUACCUGACGGACAAACAUUAUUCGUCAUCCCUAUUAUCAUAUUUAAUCAAUUUUGCAUUCAUAAUGCUGGUAUUUAUUCUUGAUGAAAAAUGCUUCAAAAAACCAUUAGUCCCAGAUGAACAUUGAUGAAAAUACGCUCGCUAGUAACAGAAAGUAACAAGUGCUUGAUAAAUUCAUCAGUCCUGUUGGGCCUCUGGUAGCUCAAUGGUUAGAGCAGUCGCUCGGAUAGCGUGGGUUCGAGUCCUAUCACAGGGGACUAGUGGAUUUUGUAAGCAUUUUUCAUUAAGAAAAGAAUAUAUGGUUCAUUACACGGCGUCAGGGUAGGAUUAAGGCUGAUACAGCCAGUUACACAAACGUCCAUUUUACUUCAUUAGUUUAGAGCGCCAUUAUCUAUACAGAUCUGACAUUCAUUAGAGCUUAAAGGCGUCAUUAAACCUUAGUGGACGUUUGUAAAACUGAUCGUUAGUGACUUAACAACUGUUUUCACUAACUUAGAAUAAGGCAUAGCCUAACUAGGAAACGCCUAAUCUAUUGUUAUUUACUUAAAGCGCAACCGACCUUCUUGAAUCAGAGUGGGAUACCGCAACCGGACAUAGAUGAUCAAAUAGCGACUGACCAAUUGCUCUCGCGUAACGACAUGUCUGAAGACCAACAAGAUUUGAACCUGGGCCUGGAAGACGUUGGCAUCGUGACUGUGAGCGAGGAUGGCAUGCAAGCGACCAUCGCUUUAGACCAGGAGGAGUUUGCGAGAUCUCAUCCCAACACUACAUUUCAUAGCGAGCCGACGGACGAAGGAGAGGUACAACCGUUCACAAUAGCCGGUCUGAAAGGUCGUCACAUAACGUCGACGAUAUUUCAUUCGAACCGCGCCCCGGCUACAGUACUGAUGAGCACGCCUCAGACCACUGUCAUAUCCCAGGCCACCGCUGAGGGCAGCAACGGCCACAACGUUAAAUACGACAUAGACAACAUGAUCCAUACUCUGCCAACGGCUAACACUGCAAAUAUUAACCUAGCCUCUGUACUCGUCAAAGACGACGGCCUGACCAGAUUCGACAACAUCCUUAGCGAUACCCGCGAGUUGCAUCUUUCCAAUACAGCUUCUGCUAUAGUCCAUUCCGCCGGCAACGCGACUCAAGUCAUCAGGAGGGUUUGCUACGAGGAAGACAAAAGGGACAACAGGUUUCUAAUGGACGAACCGGAUGCAUUAAUAGCCGGCGAUGACGCCAAAAUGAUCGCAGAGGACAGUUCAAGGGAUGCGACUUUAGAAUCGAUGGCGGGCGACGUCGAUGACGAUCGAUCGUCGCCGGAACGUCACACCGAAUUGUUCUGGGAGUCGAACUCCGCUUCUGCUUCGGAGAGCCGAAGACAGUUGGACUUCAGUAGCGAUAGUGACAAAUGCUGCAAGAGUCCGUCGUACGACGAGACCAAUUCGACAGACUCGAGCGGCGUCGGCACCCAUAUGAGAUUGGACUCGGUUAUUAAAGAAGCGAGGGGUGUAGAACGCAGCGGUAGCGCUGAAGGUUCAUCCGCUGACGAUACGCAUCCACCGCUGCGUACGUACCCGCCGAAACGAUCUUACCAUCCUCUAGACGGAGAAGUGGAAAGGAGUCUAUCGGGGAAAACGCGAGAAGGCGAACGGUCUCCUGACAGCUUGGAAGUGAGGAGACGAGCUUCAGGGCGUGGAGUCGUCAAACGGGGCUGUCAUUGCUGUAACGGAUCGCCAGCCCCGACCCGACCGAAAAAGUCCAGACAGAGAAAACCCACCAUGGAUUUUGCUACUAAUUAAAUAUAUCUGGAAUAUACAAAGGCCGUAGCGAUCGCCGCUACGCCUCAGACUGAGCUGCGAUCUCUUUAAUAUUGAGGUUUGACUUUUUAGGUAUAUAAAAAAAAUAAAUAUUGUUGAAAUUGUUUUGUAUAUAAUUUUAUAAGUAUACCGGUAGCUAAGUUCGCGUCGAUAUAAACGUGUUGCGGUGAAUGUAUUUUUGUUAAAGUUUACUUACCGUUUGAGUUUUAGUAGUUCAUUUUAGGUGUUAUGAUUGUUUUAUUUUCUAAGCUUACACUGUGUCACCGAUAAAGUUCAAAUUUGUUUCUUUUUGUAUGUAUCGAGAUGAUUUUAACCGAUCAUUAUUGUUGAAACUUUUCUUCUUGUAAUAUAUCCGUAUACAUAUUGUAUCGAUAUGUACUGUAUAAAAAUGUGUAUUUCUGUAGGUUUACCUCCAUUUUAGAAUUAAGCGUUUCCGUUAGUGAUUACAUGCCAUACUCAAAUGUGAAUUUAAUCGUCAUUAGCGAUAUAUAGAUAUUUAAUUUGUAGCUCCUUCGUAUUGAUAAUAUUAGACUGACAAGUGACGUUUCUUUCCCUGUGAAGUUGCCAUUGUUUCAAUACAGUUUUGUACUAGUUCGUUUUUUUUAAAGAAAAAAAAUAAUCGCUUAGCUUUAGUUCGACGACUUCCACGUGUAUGCACAAAACUGUUUUCGAUGCGAUACGGAAGCUUUAACUUCAGUGUUAUUUUUGAGAUUAAAAACUUUUUUCGAAACUAUAAUGUUUAAAUCUAUCCGUGCCAAUGUGAACUUUUGACGCGGUCCCCGCGUAGUUUCCAAAGGGCGUGGUUAUCGCUGUAUCUCUUUAUAUAAAUUAAUUAAUUAAACAUUUGUGGUAGGCGAUGUUAAGCUAGUUGUGAAUUUGAUAUAGGUAUGAAAGUGUAAAUAUAAAGAUUUGUUCCCGGGUUUCUGUUCGGGGAUGUCUAGUCAGUUUAGUACCGGUAUAAUUAGCGUUAACGUCUAUAAGUGGGCUGUCAGGCUCGUCACGGGCUAAAAGCCAAUGUAACAAUUUAUUUCGAGCAGUAUUCUAUCGCUUUUGUAUAUAAUAAAAAAUAUAUAUAGACAUAUAAUAUGCCCAUAUAUGGAUGGCUCAUGUCGCAAAAUUCUAUUCGCGAAAUUGGUUGAUACGUGUAUUUUAGACGCGAGAUUCAUUCCGAAUUGUAAAUAGUGUAAUGGCGGGCGGGGGGUAUGUUUGAAAAACUAUUGUGAAUUAAGUGUGCUCGCUCGUCGUCUGAUGAGCGUUUAUUAUAGUGAAAAUUGUAACUAAAUAAAAUUUGUUGUGCACUCAACUUGAAAUGCCGGCGGCGGCAUAGUUCAGAUAUUUCAUGGUAGCAUGUAAGAUAGAAUUAUUAUGUAAGAUACCAAAAUACAACUCGAUUAUCUUAUUAUCUAGGUGUGCCGGUCAAUACGACGUAAUUUAUGAAGGCACUAAAAUCCAGUGUUAACAAAAAGUAAAUGUAUUUUAUCUGACAGAAUUUCGAGUUCUUGAUGUAUGUCUUUUAAGUUUUUUUUUGGAUAGGAAAUAAAUUUUCUGCCAUUUCUAAUAAUGUAAGGUUCCAGUUUUUUAUAUAAUCUGAUAUACGUUGUUAUUGUUCGAAUCAUAAUGUAGGUGAUUGUACCUCAGAUAUUAACUAUCAGACAUACAGUAUUUGCAGAUGCGUUUUUGUUAUAUUUUUCACUUAGAAGUUUAAAUUUAUUAGAGGUAACAUUAAUGAUUAACUUUUAGAAGUUUGGUCAUAUUAUUUUUAAUUCAAACAAUUGUGUUUUUUUGUGAUUAUGUAAACAUUAUUUUUAAAAUUGCUACAGAAGAAAUGAUCAUUAAAAGUAUCUAUUAAAAUAAAGAAUGUUUUAUUUAAAAUUUACUGGAAAGUUCUAGGAAAUAAUAGUGUCAUUAUUGUCUUGUCAUCAAAUUUAGAGUUCCUACGUUAACGUCGGUCGCGUAACGUACGUCAAGCAUACAAGUAAAGAAUGACU